UAGCGAAGAAAGGCGGUUUUCUUUAUGCCAUCACACUUCUCGUCUGUGGAAAUUAACACUGUUAACCCCCAAGACGACUGACUUUGUUUUGAAGCGUUAAAUCAACUUGUAUCUGUAAACAUCAACAAGUAACGGUCAUAACAUCACAAUGGAAACUAUUGAUGUUAAAUCCUUUCAUCAAUGUACAAUUUGUGAUGAAAUUUUUCCAAAAUUUGAUGAUUUCGAAAACCACUACAAAGUGCAUGCCAGAGAAGAGAAAACUGAUGUAGAUGAAUAUUGUCAUGUUAAAGAAGAGAAAACUGAUGACGUAGAUGAAUAUUGUCAUGUUAAAGAAGAGAAAACUGAUGAUAUUGAAACAUGCUAUCAGUGUGAUUUGUGUGAUGAAGAAUUUAAAUUAGAAACUGAUUUAGAAAAACACUGUGAAAAACAUGUUAAAGAUGAGGAUUCUGUUUUACAACAUGAUAGAAAAAUAGAGACAAGUUUUAGCCAGAAUGCUAAAAAAGAAAAACACAAUUCACAAGAGGCUAAGAAAUGUGAUGUUUGUAAUAAAUUAUUUAUUAAUGAAUAUUACCUUCAAAUUCACAUGAGAAAUCAUACAGUAGAAAAGUCUUUUAAAUGUGAUGUUUGUAGUAAAUCAUUUACUCGGAAUAGUCAAUUACAGAGACAUGUCAGAAUUCAUACUGAAGAAAAACCUUAUAUAUGUGAUAUUUGUAGUAAAACAUUCUCUGCUAGUGGUAAUCUACAUAAACACAUGAAAAUACAUACAGGCGACAAACCUUAUAAAUGUGAUGUUUGUAGUAAAUCAUUUACUCAGAUUAGUAAUCUACAGACUCACAGGAGAAUCCAUACAGGUGAAAAACCUUAUAAAUGUGAUGUUUGUUUAAAGUCAUUUACUAGAAGUUUUGAUCUACAGAAACACAGGAGAAUUCAUGCUGGAGAAACACCUUAUAAAUGUGAUGUUUGUAGUAAAUCAUUUACUGAGAGUGGAAGUCUACAGUCACACAUGAGAAUUCAUACAAGGGGAAAACCUUUUCAAUGUGAUGUUUGUGGUAAACCAUUUUCUGAUCGUAGUCAACUACAGUCCCACAUAAGGAUUCAUACAGGUGAAAAACCUUAUAAAUGUGAUUUCUGUAGUAAAUCAUUCACACAAAGUAAUGGUCGAUGGAGACACAUGCAUCUUCAUACAGGUGAAAAACCUUAUAAAUGUGAUGUUUGUAAGAAAUCAUUUAGAACCACAUCUUAUCUUAAAGUGCACACGAGAAGUCAUACAGGUGAAAAACCUUAUAUAUGUGAUGUUUGUAGUAAAUCAUUUACUGAUAGUAGUACUCUACAGAACCACACCAGAACUCAUACAGGUGAAAGACCAUAUAAAUGUGAUGUUUGUAAUAAAUCAUUCAGUAGACCCUUUACCCUAAAGAGACACAUGAAAAUUCAUAUGUGAGGAUUGUGGUAAUUUAUUUAUAUAGAGUAGAAGUCCAGUUAUUGAAGUAAUUUAGGCAUAGAUAGUAGAAGUCCAGUGAUUGUGUUUAAUUAUUCAUAUAGAGUAGAAGUCCAGUGAUUGUGUUUAAUUAUUCAUAGAGAUAAGUCCAGUGAUUGUGGUAAUUUAUUCAUAUAGAGUAGAAGUCCAGUGAUUGUGGUAAUUUAUUCAUAUAGAGUAGAAGUCCAGUGAUGAUUGUGGUAAUUUAUUCAUAGAGAGUAAAAGUCCAGUGAUUGUGGUAAUUUAUGCAUAGAGAGUAGAAGUCCAGUGAUUGAAGUAAUUUAUUCAUAUAGAGUAGAAGUCCAGUGAUGGUGGUAAUUUAUUCAUAUAGAGUAGAAGUCCAGUGAUGAUUGUGGUAAUUUAUUCAUAGAGAGUAAAAGUCCAGUGAUUGUGGUAAUUUAUGCAUAGAGAGUAAAAGUCCAGUGAUUGAAGUAAUUUAUUCAUAUAGAGUAGAAGUCCAGUGAUGGUGGCAAAUUUGUUCGUAUAGAGUAGAAGUCCAGUGAUGAUUGUAAUAAUUUAAUCAUUGAGACAAAUAUUUUUAUCAAAAUAAAGGGGCAGAUGGAUUCAGACAACAAUUAAA